AUGUGUGAAGUCAUGGAGAUAGUGACGAGUGUGGACGAUGAAGGACCUUUUAGUAUUAAGACUGGCCUGUCUCAGCUUCCACCAGAGGUGAAGGCAAGAGAUAUAACUUGUCUGGAGUCUAUUGAAUCUCAACUACGGUGUGUGUUCAUCAACUCUAACUUUCAAGAUAGAUUCCUCUUGGACUGUGAGGAGGAAACACACGACCAUUGCUGUCUGUGCAAGAACGAGUUCAAGGAGACGUCAAGUCCCACUGAGGAUGACCUGAAGGAACUACCAGAAGUUUGUUCUCGUGUCUUUGCCUCCAAGAGGCAUGAUCUGAGUUUGGAUGAGGUGCAGCUGUGCAAGACUUGUAUACGGUGUUUAAAAUCUCUCAUGAUUGUACAGUGUUGGAUGGAUGAAUUGGUACAACAUUACAAGAAGAUCUUGCAGGAUAUGGGAGUCCUUAAAGGUGUGCCUCAUGAUCCUGAGCCAAGUCAAAAGCACAAGCCAAAAACAAAGUCAAAUUCUGACACCAUUAUGAUUGAUAAUGAUGAUGUGACUUGUCUCUCCAAGAGUGAUUCUGAGAAAAUAUAUAGUCCUCAGUCUUGCAGACGACGGACAAAAAAGAAAACAGGUCCAGUGUAUAUGAAAGUGCUUCCUGUGCAUUACAGCAAAGAAAAUCAAUCCAGUGCUUCGAAGAGGCCUAACCGUCUCAUUCUUCCAAAGCCUUCAGUCUCGGCUUUCCCUAGUUUCCCCAUGCAUUCAACUUUCCUCAUCUCAUUGCCAAGUGGAACUUCCUUGCCAAAAAGGGAAGAGACUUCUGUGAAUGCACUACCCAAACCCGUAACACAUGUUCCAGAAGUCACCACAGAUACAGAAGAAAAUGUGCAGUUUCAAGAAAAAGCAAAAUCCUUGGUUUCAUCAGCACCUGAGCCCAGUGUCAAGAAGUUUAAGCCUGUGCCACCAGAAGAUCCAGAUACCUUGGAAGAACAAGAUCCAUCACUAUCCUAUCUCAGCGAUGAUAAUCUAUCAGGCUUGGAAAUCUCUGGCCCUCUCUGCGAUCUAGAUCGCAACAGUGAACUGGAUGACAUGGUGACUGUGAUCAAUGGUUGGUUCCUGGUGCCUGGAGAUAGCAAUGACUCAUCUGAGAGAUCUGAUUCUGCCGGUCUCAGUCGUACGGGAAUGUAUGACAUCAUGGACGAUGACUCCCUCCGCCAGAAUGUGCCCCUGCCUCCUGUCUCAACGAUGCAGGAGUCUUCUUCUCCCAUCCGCAAUCUCGUCUCUUCGGAUGGAGAACCGAAAGUGAAAAGGCCUCUACUAGCACCUCGACCAGUGUCUUCUAGCACUGGCCCAGUCCCUCAGAAGAUUGUGAAUUUCAACUCCAGCAAGUUGAAAGGGAAGCCUAAGUGUCAGCAAGAAUCCUGUCCUGGCAGGAGGAGUUUCAAGAGUGCUGCCUUAAAGAGCCGAUUUGCAAUAACAGAUUCCACGUGUUGUUCGAGGAUACCGUCUUAUUGUCGCAUCUGCAAGGAGGUCUUUGAUUGUGAUGCCUCAAAAUCUCCUGUCCUCAGCCAGGUCAACAAGCACCUGCAGGUUCAUAUGCAAGUCAAGAAGAACAUCUCAACAGGGGUGGUGUUCUACAGUUGUGAACCCUGUCUUGGGGAGUUCCCAUCUUUGGAAAAGCUGAAGCGUCACUUUUAUAGCAGUCACCUGGAACCCAUGCGAUUCCGAUGCAUUUACUGUGGUGCCCUUUUCACUCGCCUUGCCCCAUUCAUCUCUCACAUGGGCUCCAAGCCCUACAUGUGCACAUUCUGCAAAGCUCCGUGCAGAACAGAAUCUGCCCUGAGACAGCACAUAGCUGAACACGGAAAGGAAGUAUGCGUCCUCUGUGGAGAUGACCAGCGAUUUGAUGGGGUUGAGGCAUUAAAACAACAUCUCAGAGACAAGCAUGGACAGGGUUCUAGCCAAGGACACAAUAUGCUCUUGCAAGAGCUGUAUCAGUGGACUGCAAGGGAAGAUCAAGAACACAAGACCAUCCCUUUGGCUGAUCUCACCGCUGAUUCCAUUCCUGGUCACUCGGUGGCCCGGUAUGACCUUGUUAACGUGGCUGAACGAAGCGAUCAUGCCAAGGCUCCCAAGACCAUUGUUUGCCAUGAUUUGAAAGGAGGAUAUCUAGAUGACAAGUUCAUCUGUGGGAGCCAAGAUCCAACUGGUUAUAGGUUUUAUCACUGGUCAUGCAUUGAUGCAUUCGUGUACUUCAGCCAUCACUUUGUCACCAUUCCUCCCCUCAUGUGGAUUAAUGCUGCCCACUUGCAUGGAGUGAAGGUAUUGGGGACUUUGAUUACUGAAUGGGAGGAUGGUUCCAAGCUCUGCAAAGCUUUGCUAGAAUCCGAAGAGUCCAUAGCUCGAGCGGUUCAGAAGCUGACAGAAGUAGCUCAGUUUUAUGGCUUUGAGGGUUGGCUCAUCAACAUUGAAAAUGAUUUGAGGACUGGUGAACCUGAGGCCAUGAAUAGUUUUUUGUCCCAACUCUCCAUCUCUAUGAAAGGUUCCAACCCCAAUGGUAUGGUACUCUGGUAUGAUGCUGUCACAGUUGAUGGGAAGCUUCUUUGGCAGAAUGAGCUCAACGACAAGAAUCUAGGAUUUUUCCAAGUGUGUGAUGGGAUAGUGGUGAACUAUACGUGGAAGGAUGAGGGUCCAGAUGGAGCAAAAGGGAAUCUACAACAGAGUAUCGAAAACGCCAAACAUAGGGUCCAAGACGUGUUCAUUGGACUAGAUGCUUUUGGCCGAGGGAUGCUUGGUGGCGGAGGGUUCAAUACCAAGCAGGUCAGUGCCAGAGGUAAGCUGAGCCCCAUCAUUGGAAGUCAACAUAGCUCAUCUCAGCAAGAAGUGAGAGCCUUUUCUUACGUGAAGGAUGAAGGUGGUCGUCCGUGGUUGAACCUCAGUCAACAGCAACACCAGCCAUCGUUUCCCGUGACGUGUCCUCGGCCCUUUCUCGAUGACGAUGCCCUCGUCUCGGCUUUGGCAGAAAACGACUUGUCAUAUGUGGUGGAAUCCAUGAGAUGUCUAUCAUCACACCUGUUCCACAUGCAGGCUUAUGCAGAUGAAGCUUUUGAUGGAGGAUCGUCCAUUCUUUUCUCUGCCGACGAGGCGGGUCUUGGCUCUCCGUUUGGUGGCAUUUCUCGCAUGUUGGUGUGUGGAUUUUCAGUGGUCAGUGGACUGGAAGUGACAUACGCUAUUAAGCCUCUGGGCCAAGGAAAGGACCUGGAGGACACCGGCUUGCUCCUGCGAGUCGUGGGUCAUCUACUGGUUGUAACAUUUUACCUGGGUGAAGAUACCAAGAGCGGUGAAGCUAGUGCAGUUGCUCUUGCUCCUGUGUCUUCACAAAUGGAAAACCAAUGGGAAAUUCGGCAGAAUGAAAGUGAUGACAGAAUAAGGUCACAAUGGCAGCAGGAAGAGGUCCAUCCCUCCUGGAUCGUUUCUCCUGGCUCUCCAAUUUCGGACCUUGCUUCCGCAUCCGUGGCUCCCAAGUCGGCCCCGCGAGUCUCUCUGUCGUUUUUCUUUCUCUGCGUGCCUUUGCAAGAGCAUCUUGCCUUCCAGGUCCAGGUCCUGGGUGGUCCGGAGGAAUUCUACGAGGAGUUGAAGCAGAAAGCACGUGAGGCAAAGUGGAGGAUCACCCUUGCCUCCCUGUACCUCGGAACGGGAGAUCUCGAGGAGGAACUGGUGAAGAAGAUAGAAGAAUCUCUGAAAGCAAGAAAUGGGAAUUUGGAAGUGAACAUCCUGCUGGAUGCCACCCGUGGAUCACGGGGUCGGGUCAACUCCCGAUCCCUCCUCCUCCCACUGCUCAAGCAAUAUGAAGAGAAUGUACAGGUGUCACUCUAUCACACUCCAGAACUUCGAGGAAUCUGGAAGUGGCUCCUGCCCGCUCAAUGGAACGAACUCGUUGGACUCCAGCACGUCAAAGUCUACCUCUUUGACAACACACUCAUCAUGAGUGGGGCAAACCUGAGCCACGAUUACUUCACCAACCGCCAGGACCGGUAUGUUGUGUUUGAGAACUGCCCCCUGGUGGCAGACUUCUUCCACGAGCUGGUGUCCACCAUCAGCUGCUUCUCCUUUCGUUUGACACCAGAAGACAAGCUCACCCUGCAUCCAUCAUGGAAUGAACACCCUGUUAAUGGGGAAUUAACCAAUUUCAAGUUCCAGGCAUCCAAGAGCAUCAAGAACCUCCUUCAAAAGUACAGAGAUGCACUUCAAAGGUAUCCGACCCCAAGGGGGAGAUCGAACAGACAGGAGACGAUGACGACGGUGAACCGCUGGCUGGACCGUGUCGUCCACAACGGCGAGAAACCCGCUCCCCCCGAGCAGGAGCUCGACACGGUGGUGUAUCCACUGAUCCAGAUGGGUCCCCUGGGGAUCUGCCACGACCGUGAUGCGACUCUGAGGCUGAUGCAGGAGGCACCUGCUCGCAGCCUCAUCAGCCUCGCCACUGGAUACUUCAAUCUCACCGAAGACUACAAGAGAGUCAUCUUGCUGGAGUCUAGCGCACGGUUUCACGUCAUCACGGCUCAUCCGCAGGCAAAUGGGUUCUAUAAGGCAAAGUGGCCAGCAGGUGGGAUCCCUGCAGGGUACACCCUGUUGAUGCGGAAAUUCUUUGAGAAGCUGCGUGGAAAUCGUGACGCGAUGGAGCGGGUGCGGCUGUUUGAGUACCAGAGGCCCAAUUGGACAUUCCAUGCGAAAGGACUCUGGCUCUCGGUGGCCCAGGAAGAACUGCCGUGUCUCACCUUCAUCGGAUCCCCCAACUUUGGCCACCGGUCGUUGCAUCGGGACCUAGAAGCCCAGGUGGCGUUGCUCACGACCAACCGUGCACUGAGAAUGAAGCUGGAAAAGGAGCAGGAGCGACUGUUUGCACCCUCACAUCCUGUCACGACCGCCACGUUCGAGGACCCCGAGCGAUGGGUCCCGUACUGGACUGUAGGUGUGUGUCAUGCAGGAAGGUGGAAGAUGGAAGACGAAGACGAGGUCCUCCUAAUGUUACCCGAAACCGAUGGAAGCAUCCAGUACCGACGCACACCGACAAAGUGCUCCCGUCGGUGUUCGGCACGAUACACCCUGGCAGCGGUGGGGUUCGUGGGCUUCUUCCACGUCUAUGCCAUGAGGGUGAACCUCAGCGUUGGGAUCGUGGCAAUGACCAACUCUUCUAGUCAUCCCCUCCAUCAUUCUGGAGCAGGAAAUUCAUCUUGGAGUGCUGAGGUCUAUAACUGGGAUGAGGAGAUGCAGGGAAUGAUCCUGAGUGCCUUCUUCUGGGGCUACAUCGUGACCCAGAUCCCCGGGGGUCUCUUGGCCCAACGCUUUGGUUCCAAGCACCUCUAUGGCUUCGGCUGCCUCAUCACGGCCAUCUUCACCCUUCUCACACCCCUCGCCGCACACCUCGGCGCUCGCUACCUGGUGGCCGUGCGCGUGAUCGAGGGACUCGGGGAAGGAGUCACCUUCCCGGCCAUGCAUGCCCUCUUGGCAAAAUGGGUCCCUCCUCUUGAGAGAACAAAAAUUGCAGCAUUCGUUUACUCAGGAGCUACACUAGGGACAGUGGUGGCACUGCCACUGUCUGGAGUACUGGCUCACUCGCCAGCUUUGGGCGGUUGGCCAUCCAUCUUCUAUUUCUUUGGUGUCACGGGGAUCAUCUGGUGGGUGUUUUGGUGCUUCCUGGCCUACGAUUCACCCGACGACCACCCGUGGAUCUCGCCCGCCGAGAAGCAGACCAUCGCGAAUGCCUUGCGGCAACAAGUCAAGCCUGGGCACCGGUUCAAGGUACCUUACAAAGCCAUCCUGAAAUCGGCUCCCUUCUACGCCAUCCUCGUCGCACACGUCGGACAGAACUGGGGCUACUACACCCUCCUCACCCAGAUGCCCAAGUACAUGAAGGAUGUCCUUGGCUACAACCUGCAAGAGGAUGGAUUCAUGUCAGCUGUUCCCUACCUGGCAGCCUUCAUCAUGGCCAACAUGGGGAGCAUCAUGGCCGAUGGAUUUCGCUCCAGGAACCUCCUCUCGACUGGAACUACACGCAGACUCUUCAAUACUUUUGCAUUUUGGGUGUCGGGCUUUUCCCUGCUCGGCGUGUCGUGGGUGGGCAGGAAUCGCACGGCCGCCAUGAGCUUCAUGACGCUCGGCAUGGGUUUCAACGCGUUGGCGCAAUCGGGAUACAACGUGAAUCACAUCGACAUUGCCCCGAAUCAUGCUGGGUUUCUCCUUGGAGUCACCAACUGCUUUGCCACCCUUCCUGGAAUUUUGUCUCCCCUAGCCACAGGCAGCAUCCUGCAGGCUUACACACAAUAUGGUACCUUACUGGCAUGGCAGUUGGUGUUCACCAUCUCGGGGUGGGUGCUCAUCGGAGCGAACGUGAUAUACAUUCUGCUGUGCUCUGGGGACGUGCAGCCAUGGAACCAGUGCAGCAUCAAGAAGAAGGAAAAGGACGAAGAACGCACCGCAUGAUGAUCCUCCCUCGUCCCGUGUCCGAGCUUUACGAACGUUUUCUCGGAAUCUUGAUCUCCUGGGAUCUUACGGUCCCGUUCGGAUUUUUAGUUUGGAGGACUAACUUCUUGAUUUGCAGGAUUUUGCCUGCUAAUAGCAAAGGGGAUUUGAACCAAGACCAUUUGGUUUUCCCCAUGUGAAAUUUUCCCCACAAAAGUCAUAUCAGGAGAUGCAGGGGUUCAAAAUCUGUUGGAUCAGUAGCCAUGAGUUUUUUCAAAAUUAUGUCACUCCUGUGACAACUGUGGUGGGAAUCAAGGCAAAGUACAUGUCAGUUAUAUGACAUCUCUCUGAUACAUAGUGCUGUAGUCAUUUGCCAUUAGUUACAUUUGAGAAGCGACAGAUUGAAUUUUUUCUAAUUGGGAAAAUCUUAUACCAAAGAGCCCUCAUCCAUUAGUGCUUCCCGAUUCUUGAUGCCGACUCGACGUGCGAGUGUGGUCGAGACGAACUCCCUUGCUCUCUUUUAUGCUCUUCCCAUUGUAGCCUGCAUCUCCACAACGAUGCCCCAGCGUUUAACUACGGUUGCAUCGUCUGCUUCCUCCCCCAGUUCUUUUAUAGUUCUGCUUUAAGCCUUCAUUCUUCCACGAUGCUGGUGAAUUUCAUGGUGCUGCGUAUGAAUUUAUUCCUAUCGAUCUUGACUGAUGAUUCUAUUUUAACUUUUACACUAUCACUAUAUGCUCGAAUCCGAUGAAGGAAGCCGAUCCAUCACAGAUGCUUUCGAUGGGAUCUCGGCGUGGAAUUUCCGUCCGGAACGCGACACGGAGUCGGUUCCUCGUACGCGUCGUCGCGAGAGUUUCCGAGCGAGAAGCGAAAGAUGAUGCUGUGGUGUGUUGUAUUCUGUUGCUCAUUUUCCUGGUGGAUUCACCUGUCGGUUGUGUGAUGGAUUUGCUCUUGCACCGAUAUCUCAUAUCAAGUACACCUUUAUGAUUGGAUCAAAGGGAUGGAUAUGGAUGCGUUUGUGCUGUAAUACUGGUUUUUUAAAUAAACUAUUUCUCUCUGA